GAGGAGUAUAAAAGAUCGAUAAGUUAAUAAUUAUUUUAAUGCUCUAUAAAGUUUUAAACUUUACUGCUAAAUUCAUCAGGAAAAUAUAAGGUAUGAUUCUUUCGAUUGUAUCUGUUCUUUUUGCUGGAUAUCUGGCCUCCUCCAGCAGUGGAUCUGUUUCUGCAGAAACAACUGCUGUACUUCUAGGAGGUUCCACUGAUGGUGGGAAAACUGAAUCAUAUCCCUGUGAUGUGGCAAUAGGAGAUAUUGGUUCCCUAGAAGGACUAAGAGCUGCAGUUCUGAAUGAACAGAUUGUUUACUGCGGGGGAUUUAGAAGUGGUGAAUACCGCAGAAACUGCUUCAAGAAUGAGGGAAUGGACUGGAUAGAGUUUGAAAGUAUGAAUGUUGCUAGAAUACACUUUACUCUGAUUACUCUAGGAGACAAGAUACUUGCUGCAGGAGGAGCUAAUUCAAAAGGGAAUACUGCUACUGUGGAGGUGUUUGAUGGAUCCUCCUGGAAGCUUCAAAACUAUGAAUUGACCUCUGCAAGAUUUGGUCACUGUGCUGUUCCUAUCAGUGAGAGUCAAGUGAUGCUGCUUGGAGGACUGGUUAAUACCUGGUCAUCUCUUGUAGAAAUCUACAGUAUUGAAGAGGGAUUCAUUGUGGAGCUUCCAUCAAUGCCAACUGCAAGGUAUGGACUAGGAUGCAGCAUGUUUAAGGGAGAAAUAUGGACAGCUGCAGGAGCCAAUGAUGGAUUUCUAGAUGUUGUAGAAGUAUUUAAUUCUUUUACAAGCACCUGGAGGAGUGGGCCUAAGCUGACCAAGGGGAGAUACUACCUAACAAUGGAGGUGCUGGACAACAGCCUGGUAGUCUUUGGAGGGUUGGGAGGUGGAGGUGAAGACAACCUGGAGAAACUUGUUGAUGAAGAGUGGAGGGAGGAACUUCUUCAAUAUGGACAUAGUGGUCAUGCCUCGGUAUUAAUUACUUGUAAUUGAUACAGAGAUGUAUGUUCAUUCUAUUGUAACUUAAAUUAAUACCUUGAUUUAAAAUAUUGUCUUUUCUAAAAAUAAAUUGGAUUUAAUGCAGCAA